AUGGAGUUUGUUAAAGAGGAGAGCGAAGAUGUGAGUGAUGAAGAAACACACAGAGAGGAAGAUGAAGAUAAUGAUGAACAGAGAGAUCUGCUGGAAGUGAAGGUGGAAAGUGAAGAAGUGAAUGAAGAUCAUCAGAAGAUCAUAACUGCAGAACAAACACAGACUGAAGAUGAUUUCUCCCAGAAGAGAACAGGAGCCAAGAAAUCUCCGUUCAUCUGCGCUCAGUGCGGGAAGAGUUUCACGCUCAAAGUCAACCUCAACAGCCACAUCAGAGUCCACAGCGGAGAGAGAAACUUCAGCUGUCUGCAGUGCGGCAGCAGCUUCUUCAAGAACGCAGACCUGAAGAGACACCUGCAGACUCACAGCGGAGAGAAGCCCUUCAGCUGCUCGCACUGCUCCAAGAGCUUCACACGCAAGCAGAGUCUCGAGAACCACAUCCGGAUCCACACGGGAGAGAAGCCCUUCACCUGCCUCCUGUGUGACAAGAGCUUCAUCCGCAAGGGACACGUCAAGAACCACAUGCGGAUUCACUCUGGAGAGAGGCCUUUCACGUGCCACGAGUGCGGGAAGAGCUUCACACAGGCUACGAUCCUCAGAAACCGCCAGCACUCGCACUCUGGAGAACGACCCUUCAGCUGCGAUCGGUGCGGAAAGAGCUUCAUCUCAGCAAAGCACCUGAAGAUACACCAGAAAAUCCACCAGAAGCUCUUCCUGUGCUCCUUCUGUGGAAAGAUGUUUUCACAGCUGGGUUACCUGAAGGAGCACCAGAAGAUCCACACCGGAGAGAAAGCUCACGUGUGCUCGGUGUGCGGGAACAGCUUCUCCAGAGCCAAAUAUCUGAAGGAACACCAGAAAGUCCAUUCGGGAGAGAAACCCUACAAGUGCUCGCACUGCGACAAGAGUUUCAGUCAGUCGGGGAACCUGAAGAUACACGAGAGAGUUCACAGCGGAGAGAAACCACACCGCUGCCCGCUGUGUGGACGGAGCUUCAUCACCUCCAGCGCUCUGCUGUCGCACAGGAGAAACUGUCUCCAGAACUUAUCCUAG